CGACGCAUAACGCGCAAGCCCAAAAUCGCAAUAGUGUUACCUUCUCUUAGGAAGAUAAAUCGCGGUAACAGCUUUACUCUGGGAAUGCAGAUUGGACGAAGUGAGUCGGGAGUGGAGGCCCGGGACCAAGCUCGGCCCCAAUGCCGUAAGCAACUUGAGCUAUUGAUACUGCUGCAUGAAUGAAUGUUACGACCAACCUACCAUCGUUCCUAAGCUCCGCAACGCAAAACAAACUCGAACUGCAUACCUUCUGAAAGCAUGGUCGCAUCCAUACCAAACGACAUAUUCCAGUUCUCCACGUGGACAGCGGUACACAAGGGCUUCAAUACAGGCCAGCCACGCGCAGCAGACCUCACAAGCCAUGGAACUGACGGCAUCGGAGUGUUCGAAAAUGGAGACUUGAUGAUCUUACUGGACUCCCGGGCCUACGUUGUUUCGGCCGCGGGGAAUGCCACACCGGCCAGAUCGAAUGACCAACUUUGUUUCGCGAUGGUCACUGUUUUUCAGCCUCUACGCCUCAUCAAGCUUGCACAGGAAGCUACGUUGAGUUUCGCGGGAUUGAAAGAGUUGCUCGCGUCCACGGAUGCGCUGCCUACAGUUGGUGGCAUGAAUUCCAUGCUACCGUUCAAAGUGAAAGGAACAUUCACCAAUGUGACCUUAAUCCAGAAGGACUCUUCGCAAUGCCGUCUGGUGGAGAAGGUUAAAGGGACUUUGUAUGGGUACAAGAUUCCAGCAUGGAUGGCCGGUAUUAGUGGGCCGAGCCUGCAUUGCCAUUUGAUGGGUGUAGAAAGUGAUGACGAUAGUUCGGAUAUAGGAGGAAGGGUUGAAUCAUUCGAAGCGGUGGCCGAUCCGGACAUUGGUGUGGGAAAGUGUGGACGUUUCCAUUUAGGGUUUCCUCAAGGGGAAGACUGGGAAUCUGUGAGGCUGGCCUGAUGUGCUCUAGACCUCGCAAGAUAAGCAUUUGGAGGGAUUGGCAGCACGUUCUCAAUUUCAAGAAGCAACAGGUAGGGAAUAUCUAUCGAUCGAAUACGAUUUUUCAC